AUGAUCAUUCUUGUGUAUCCUGGUACAAGAGGAACUUGCCAAGUUGUACCGGAUCGUUCAACUAUUCUCCAUUUCUUGGCGGAGUACUCUUAUGUGUCUGUAUUGAGACGGGCCUUAGAAAAGACGAACAGACACGUUAAUCGGACAGACAUCUUUGGACGCACACCACUACAUAUAUGCCUACUUGGUCCACGUAGUUACGAGGAACAGCGAGAGAAGACUUUGUGCCUAAUGACGUAUGGCGCGUCUGUUACAAUAACGGAUGAGAGUGGAAAGACGCCUCUUGAUUCGUAUGAUGAUAAUAAAUGUACAAAAUACGAAGAAAGCACGAGAAGUUUCCGGAAGAAAGAACUGAGAAAAUUGAUCGAAGAACUAUCAGUUCCAUCAGAAAUAUUAGCCAGGGGUCACGAUGCCGUUAUGGCAUUCAAAGAUGCUAUUAAAUACGGUGAAAUAACAGUUGUUAAUUCAAGAAUGAUGUUCCUUGGAAAUGAGGGGUCAGGAAAGACAAGCUGUAUAAAUGCCAUGCUUGGGAAAGGAUUUAAUAAGAAUGAGCCGUCCACCGAUGGUAUCGUCACAACGACUGUCUUUCAAACUGUUGAUGAGGAUUGUAGCAAAUGGGAAGAGCAAACGGAUGUGGACGAGUGUGAACGAGCCAAGCAGGUACAUGAGCACGCUAUCGCUGCAACUGUUGCAAAGAAGUUGACAGAAAGCCAUCAAACCAAGCAGGUGCUACGUGAGAAUAUAACUACAGGUGUCGCAAAUAAGCUAACAGAUAGCCAACAAAUGACAUCUACGUCGAAAUCUUUACCUGCAUCGUCAUCCUCAUCUGAGCAUAGAGGAGCAUUUGGUUGGUUCUACAGACUCUUUAAAGAAAAACCUAAAGUAUCUCCGAGCACUCAAGCAGUAUCGACUUAUCGGCCAAUAAGAAGCCAUGUAAAUAUUAAUAGAAUCCCAGACGAAAUCCACAAGAAGCUUGUUGGUAAACUUGACGACCAGAGCCAUGGCAAUAGCAGAAAUGUCGGUCCGAGUGAUGUAACUUGCAUAUGGGACUAUGCCGGUCACCUUACUUAUUAUAUAACUCAUCGGUUUUUCCUUACAGAUGGAUCGGCUUACGGAGUUGUUUUCAGCUUGGUAGAUAAUUUGGAUGCACUGGCAAAACCGAGAGAUCCCCAGAAAGGACCGUUUGAAAUGACUAAUUUGGAAGUGAUCAUAUUUUGGAUACGGUCUAUAUAUGAACACGCUGUACUGCUACAUGGCACAGACAAGAAAAUUGUGAUUAAUGGAAUUAUUGCAUCACCCACAAUCAGUCUAAUUGGAACCCACAAGGAUCUAUUACCAGGAAGUGAUGUUGAGAAGCAGGCAUCGAUUAAUGGCAUAUUCGACAGAAUAUUUAAGGAAAUCAAUGGAGAGCCAUACGAAGUUCACGUAGACCUUGAACGAUAUGCUGUAGACAACACUGCAGAAUUGGAUGGUGAUAUAGAAAGACUGAAAACAAACGUAGGCGGUUAUAUGAAGGCGAUGGCCAGAACUGUUCCUAUAAAAUGGGUUGACUUCCAAACUAAGAUUCAAGAAGCUGGAAAAAACACACUGCGCAUGUCCUUUGAUAAGAUGGCUAAAAUUGCCUUUCAAUGCGGAAUUAACAAAGAAAACUUCAUUCAUGUACUCAUCUACUUAAAUGAUAUUGGAAUAAUUCUGUAUUCGCCGAAUAACAAGAAAUUACAGAACACUGUCAUUACUAACAUCCACAUGUUGAUUGGAAUCUUCAUGAAAAUAAUCACAGUUGUGAAACCUGAUGAUGUUGACAAGGUCGCUCCAUUGAUGAUGAAGUAUUGGCGUAAAUUAGACGAGGAAGGAAUUCUUGCGGAGCAGCUCGUACGUCAUUUGUGGAGAAAUGAACUCACUGCCAGUAAAGAAGAUGGUGAUGGCAUCUUUGAAGACUUCAUUGAACUUAUGAAGACAUUUGGACUUCUUUUUGAAAAGAGAUCUCAAGAAAGUGAUAGAGUGUUCAUCGUUCCUUCUCGGAUGAACAUCACAACAGACAACUUAGAAGUUAAGGAAGACGAAGUGCAGACAGCAUCGAUAUACGUGACCCCCAAAACUUUUCUUCCUGAUGCUGUCUACAGUGUCUUGGUCGUUAAAUUCCUUGAUCUCAGCCAGGACAAAGCAUUCAAUAGCAAUCCAGAGUUGUUUGCAAACCAAGCUAAAAUAGGAUUCGACAAUAUGCAUUACCUGAGACUUGGGGUUGUAUACAUAAACGAUAAACGAUCAUUGAAGAGCGUAUCCUCAGAUAAGAUGCCCGAUCCCUUCGGAUGGUAA